UUGGGCUCGGAGAAGGCAGUGUCAAUAACAACGAAUUUCCGAGCGAUUUUUUUCCGCUAUUUCACCUCCUUUCUUGCUCUGCCCUUAACCCCCUUGCGACGGAGAAGGAGGAGGAUAAGCGAGGAUAAUUAGGAAGCGAGAAAAGGGCGAGGGAGAGGCGUAAUAACAGCGAGAGAGAGUGGAGUACAGAGGACGCGAGAAGCACACGCGAGAGAGAAAUGCCCAGCAAGUGACACAGUCGACAGGCAAGAUGGACAACAGCAUGUAUUACCAGUACAACCGAUUUGCCGAAAAGGGCAAGUCGGAGCAUGAAGGCUAUGCAACAGCCCCCCCAGUAGCAAACACAGUGCAGAAUUCAAACCAAUUUGGCAAAUUUGGGGGGACCACGAUGCAGAGGCAAUCGCAGUACCAAGGAUCGUACAAUUCAAUGGACACCCACGACUCCAGUCAGUCCAACAAAUUUGGAAAUACAUCCCAGAGACCCCAACAGUAUACUGAGUCUGGUGGUGAUGCCAACAAAACGGACGCAUCCCAGACAGAGAGGUAUGGAAGUGGAACGCAGAAGCAAGGGCAGUAUGACGCUUCCUACGAAAUGAUGGACAUGCAGAAUUCCAAUAGGUAUGGGAGCGGCUACGGGAAUCCAUACAUGAUGGGCGGCUACUAUGAUGACUACGGGCAUUCAGGGUAUUAUAGUGACUACGGGAUGUAUAGUGGCUAUGGCUACUCACAUCCAUCAGAAAGAUAUGGAGAGAUGGAUUACUAUGGUGGUUCAGGUAUGCAGGAAGGCUAUGGAGGCUCCGGUCAGUCUGGGAACUAUGGAAGUGGGACUCAGUCAAAUAACAAAUUUGGCACUAAGGACCAGUCUGAGGAAUACGGAAGUUAUAUGACGAAUAGGUUUACAAAUAAAACCCAAAGUGAGAACUAUGGAACCCCGCCUCCCCCACCAGGAAACAGAUUCGGAAGUAAAGAUCAGCCAAACAACUAUGAGCCCCCCCCGCCACCCCCACCAAACCGAUUUGGGAAUAAAGACCAGCCAAGCAACUAUGGGACUCCACCUCCACCGCCAAGCCGAUUCGGCAACAAAGAUAUACCUAAUUUAUACGGAACUCCACCGCCCCCACCCAGCCGAUUUGGGAACAAGGAACAGCCGAGCAACUAUGGAACACAGCCACCUCCACCUGGCCGUUUCGGGAACAAGGACCAAGUGGACAACUAUGGAACUCCUCCACCUCCCCCGCCAGGACGCUUUGGAGGCAAGGAUCCACCGAACAAGUAUGACCAGCCACCCCCUCCUCCACCAAGUCGCUUCGGUAGCAAGGACCAACCAAACAAUUACUCAAACCCUCCUCCUCCCCCAGGCAGAUUUGGAAACAAAGAUCAGGGAGAGAGCUUUGGAAAAUCCAAUGUUCCAGGCCGAUUUGGAAAUAAUGACAAUGACAGUGGUGGAUAUGGAACCCCACCUUUAGGCAACAGAUAUGGAGGCAAAGACAUGCCAAACAGGUUCGGAGGCAAUGACCAGGGAGACAGCUACUCAAGCUCUUAUCCACACAACCGCUUUGGGAAUUCAGACUACUCAGACAGCUUCAACAAAUCAAAUCAAGGGAACAGGCCUGGUAAUUCUGGCCCUUCAAACAAGUUUGGAAAUUCGGACCAGAUGAACAGAUUUAAUAAUGAGGAUCCCCCAGAAAACUACGGGGGAAACCAGGGCUACUCUAACAGAUAUAGCGGUGGAAAUGACCGUGAUGACUUUAGGAACUCGGACCAGAUGGACAGGUUUGGAAAGCCACCUCAGCAUAACAAAUCCAACAUGUCCAACUCCUCAAAUGCACCCAACACAUCGCAGAGCUUACUUGGAACACCAAAUAUGAACCAGCAAAAUAAUUUUGGAAACAACACAAACAAGCAGCAGCAACAGCAACAGCAGCAGCAGCAACAACAGAAGCAGCAGCAGCAACAGCAGCAGCAACAGCAGCAGCAACAGCAGCAGCAGCAGCAGCAGCAGCAACAGCAGCAGCAGCAGCAGCUUAACAAACCAUCACAGAGCUUACUGGGUUUCCCAAAUUCGGGGAAACAAAACUCAAUGGGAAACACAGGGCAGAAAUUCAACCCUGCUCCAGGGCUCUUAGAUCUACCAGGCAGCAACCAGAUGAACAAAUUUGGGAAUAACAACCAGAAGCAGCAGCAGCCAUUUGGCAUAAUGCCAAGUCUCUUAGGCUUUCCUGAUGCAGAUAUGUUUAAUAAAUUCACAAGUGCCAUGCAGAAGAUGGCACAGGCUCAGUUCAACGUCUCAGGUGGCUUGUUGCCGCCCCCUGAUAUGGCCAACCGAGGUGGUGCAAAGACUGCAGAGAUUGCCCCUCCAGCCAGCAUGGCCCCCUGUAAGGAGCCUGAGCGCUUUAAUGAACUCCCCAAGAAACCAGUGCCCACAACCAAGAAGCCACUUUCACAGCAAGGCCCACCUAGGAACCCUACACAGCAGGGCAUGCUACCUGUAAGGGGUCUUCAAGCACAGCUCCAGAGCCUUCAGGCACAAAUCCAAAGUAGGGGCCCUAGUUUAGGAAUGGCUGAAGAGCCAGGGAAGAACACAGUGCACUUUGACCUCCUAACUGGGAAGAUGAUUGGCCAGAAGCCACCCCCAAUGACCUUCCAAAGGGGGGGGAAAGGAGGACCGCCCCAGGGACGUUUCAGCAAACGGGCUGGACUUGGCAUGAAGUCAGCCAUGGGAGAGGGCCACUAUGGCAAGGGAUUCAAGGGACAGAAGCAAAUGAACAAGAUGGCUAUGAAGAUGGGGAAGAACAAGGGGCAAAUGAAUAAGGCACAAAUGAACAAAGCCAUGAAGCAAGGCCAGUUCAAUAAAGGCAACACAAAGAUGGGCCAGAGGAUGGGGCAGUAUAACCAGUCAAUGGCGUUCCAGAAUCCAUGGGCCAAAAAGGGCCAGUUGCAUGCCACUGCUCCAAUCACAUCACUGUUUGGCAUGAAGAUGAUGCGCAAGAUGGGAUGGACUCCCGGUGAGGGUCUCGGCAAAAACAGGAAGGGAACACUUGAGCCCCUGCUUGUCGACGUCAAGACUGAUAGGAGAGGAUUGCAUGCCAAGCAGGAGUCCGCACCAAAGAGGGCAGCUGCGCCCAAACUCAAGGAGUUUGAUGGGAAACAUCCUGUGUCGGCACUGAUUGAGCUGUGCACAAAGCGCGAGUGGCCGCCACCGGAGUUCGACAUGAUCUACGACUGUGGACCAGACCACAAGAAGAACUUCCUCAUGAAGGUGAUAGUAAACGGGCAUGAGUUCCGGCCCUCAGUAGCAGCAUCGUCCAAGAAGCUGGCCAAGGCAAAUGCAGCUGCUGCCUGUCUUGGCUCCAUCAAGGAUCUGUUUCCUGACCCUCCAGAACCCAAGGCAACAGGCGAUGAAGGGGCCAAGAGUGCUCCACAAGCUAGCGAGGCAGAGGCCAAGGCAUAGAACAGCUGCAUUGCGAUAAGGGGGGGAGUAGGAGGAAGAAGACGGUACAAAGAAGAAUGAGGUGAUAGGUGAAAAAAGGAGGAGGGAGGAGUAGAAGACGUAGAAAAGAAUACAUUACAUGGAGAUAAAGAAAGAGAGCAAAGACAAGGAAAAAUUGAAGGAAAAGCAAGGAGGAAGGAAAGAGGAUAUAGAGAAGCAAAUGCAAGGAAGAGAAAGGAGUAUCAGCAGAUGAUAAGGAGGAGGAAGAAGAGGACAAAGACAGGAAAGAAGAAAAAGUGCGAGGGGAAAAGAGGAAAAGGAAGAUGAGAAGGAAAUAGGAGACAGACAAAGAAAAAAAUUGAAAAGCAAAAGCCGCAGCCAUGAUGCGUGUCCCUGAAAGCGUGACAUUUAUUUUUAUAAUUUUUCCAUCAUGUUCCUUUUACGCUCUCAAAAUAGGACAAACGUUCUCUUUUUUUUUUUUUUUUUCUAUGGAGAUGAUCACAGUGAUCUCUGAUUUUGCUUUCCACUCUCUCCCAAGGUUGUCAUUUUUUUGUUAUUUAUAUUGUUAGAAGUAUUAGUAUAUACUACUCCUGGUAUUAUUACACCCACUGUUGCUGGAAUGGCAAGAACACAUGCCAUGUCCCUUGUAGAUUUUUUUUAUUUAUUGAUUAUCUUUACAUGUAAAUGGCUCCACAGGUCAUUAAUCACCCAAAAGUCAGUUACUAUAGUUCUUCCUAGCUUAUUUCUUUACCUUUUUUCCUCGAUUUUUAAAAUUGUAUUUAUUUACUUUAACUGAUAACAUUCAAAUCACAAUGUCAACAACAAUAAUGAUAUAAACAUUGAUAUAAAGAGCAUUAAAAGAAGAUAAUAAUAAAAAAAAUAAUAAUUGAGGACAGGGGAAAUGUGCUGAUGACAAAUAAGGUUAAUAAGUGGAGAAUUCACAAAACAAAAUGACAGGGUACAGUGAAGAUUAUCCAGCAACAUUGAGUAAAGAUUAUUAUUAUUGUUAUUAUUAUUAUUAUUAUUAUUAUUAUCAUCAUCAUUAUUGUUAUUAUUAUUAUUAUUAUUAUUAUUAUUAUUAUUAUUAUUAUUAUUACCAUUAUCCUUAUUAUUAUUAUUAUCAUCAUUAUCAUCAUUUUUAUUAUUAUAUUUACUUUGUUUAUUCCAUAAUUUUCCAGUUUUAAUUUUCAUCGCCCAAUGUCAGCCAAUUUUUCUAUUACAUAAUAAGAAAACAAUUGCCAUAGACCAGCUGAUGGAGAGAAUGUUUUGAAAGUCUCAAACCAACCAACAAACAAACAAACAAAACACAAAACAAAGAGUCUUUUCUUUUUGAUAUUUGUAUUUUAUUUUUCUUCUUUAUUUAAUUGUUAGUCUAAAGAUAGUUAGAUGUUAGAUCUAAUUGAUGGAGUUUGUUAGGUGUAGCUUUAGUGAUGACUUGACAUGUGGUGUAAGAGUGAGUCUCUCUCUCUGUCUAUCUGUCUGUCUCUCUCUCUGUCUCUCUCUCUCUCUCUCUCUAUCUCUAUCUCUCUCUCUCUAUCUCUCUCUCUCUCUCUCUCUGUCUCUCUCUCUCUCUCUCUCUCUAUCUCUAUCUCUCUCUCUCUCUCUCUCUCUCUCUCUCUCUCUCUCUCUCUCUCUCUCUCUCUCUCUCUCUCUCUCUCUCUCUCUCUCUCUCUCUCUCUCUCUCUCUCAAUAUUUUUUUUCAAUGCUGUGUGCAAGAAGAAGUGGAAAGAAAAAAAAAGAGAAAGACAGUGAUAAUAAUUAUUAAGGUGAAAAAUAAUUAGUCAUCCUUUUAUUUUAAUAAGUUUGUCUGAUUUAUUUUUAUUGCUUAAACAAGGAAAGCGUCUUGUAGAAAUGGUUUAGUAUUUUUUGUCCAAAAAAGAAAUGAAGUUAUUGAGAAAGUGCAUGUUUAUUUUUGUUAACACACUUAAUUUUCGAAUAAUUUACAUAAUUAUUGGUAAGUGUGCCAUUCAUUUACAAAUAUUCAUUCAUUCAUCUUUAAAACUAUAUUACAUUCAAACGAACCAAUGUAUCUUGUUUUGAAGAUGGGUUUUAAUGUCAUGUGACGCAAGUCAUACAUAUUUUUUCGCAUAUUUUUACCCAAAAGAACUUCCUAUUGACACCUUGUAGAGAGUUGUGUAUACUUUGUAAAAGCUUUAUAAAGCCCAAUGUAAAAA